AUCCAGAAUUGGGAGCCCAAGGUCUACACGAUGACUGUGGCGGAGAAGAAGACGUUGUGUAUGAACCCAGGCCCUAUCGCCUUUGAAAAGGACGUCUUGGAUGCGUUUGCACACGAGGGCAUUUCCCACGUCGACCCGUACUUCAUCGAUGUGUUUGGCAACACGCUGGAAAACCUGCGCAAGGUAUUUCUGGCGCAAGACGGCCAGCCACUCGUUGUGACGGGGUCGGGGACGUUGGGCUGGGACAUGGUCGCGUCCAACUUGCUCGAAGCAGACGACAACGUUCUCGUUAUCAACACUGGAUAUUUCGGCGACCACUUUGGCGAUUGCUUUUCCCAAUACGGCGCUAACGUCACUUACUUGCGCGCUCCGGUCGGCGAGCGUCCGUCAGUGGCCGAAUUGUCCAAGGCUCUCUCGACCACGCAAUUCAAAGCAGUCACGAUCACGCACGUCGACACAUCGACUGGAGUGCUUGCGAAUGUGGCCGAGUACACUGCAGCUGUACGUGCCGCCCAGCCUGACGCCUUGGUCAUUGUCGACAGCGUGUGUGCGCUGGGUGGAGAGGAGCUUCGCAUGAAGGCGUGGGAUGUCGACGUCGUUCUGACGGGGUCGCAAAAGUGUCUGGGUGUGCCCGCGGGCCUGAGCAUCCUCGUGAUUCGGCCGCGCGCGUUGAAGGUCCACGAAAAGCUAAGCGCUACCAAGCCCAAGUACUAUUGCGACUGGACCAACUGGCUCGGCAUCAUGAAGAACUACGAGGCGCGCCGUCCGUCGUAUUUCGCCACGCCCGCCGUGAACCACGUGUUUGCGUUGCACAAGUCGCUGGAAAUUUUGCUCGCAAACGGCGGUAUGGAAGCUCGAUUUCGCGAACAUCGAGCCGUGUCAGCUGCAAUCAAAGCUGCCAUUCAAUCCUGGGGCAUUGACUUUGUCCCUGUCGACGGAGUUGCAGCCAACACGAUGACGUGUGUUCGAUUCCCCAAGGGCAUUUCAGGGCCCGAUCUCUUGCCCAAGGUGUAUGCCCGUGGAGUGUCGUUGGCGGGUGGACUGCACAAGGAGAUCAAGACCGAGUACUUUCGCAUUGGCCACAUGGGCCCAAGCACCCGCCGCGCAGACCACGCGGCGCAAACGGUUGCUGCCAUCGAAGCUGCGUUGAUUGAGUGCGGGUUUGCGAUCGCUAUGCCAGGUCAAGCGGUCCAGAAGCUGAAGGCCACUUUGACAGCAAACAACAUCCCGCUCACGCCAGCAUCCGGCGUGUCCACGCUCAAGUCGACGAACUGCGGUUGCAUGGUACCACUCAAGUGCCAGUUUUUGACCCUCGGCGUUGUCGUGCUGUCGUUUGGUGUGGGCUUUUUGCUGUCGAACCGCCGUCGUUAAGGACGUGAUCGAUUCAAGGCCGGUCGCGCGGAAAUAAUGCAACAAUGGAGCACCACACAAUGGGUCUUUCGACAUGUAUAUUGGACUAGUUGGUAGUUCUUUGCCGCCGCCAUUCGCUCAGGCACAACAUGACCAUCAUAUGGGCGCGGUAUGCAUGCAGGGUCGUGAAUUCGUGAACGUUCCGGUAUGUAG